UCCCCGUCCGAAUGGUCGUCCGCGUCGGAGCGACUCGUCGUCGAGGCGAUUCGGCUGUUUGCCCAUCGCCAUCGCGUCCAGACGGCCGCGGGUUGGUUGAGCGGCCCCACGGAGCACUGGCGCGCCGCACCAAGACGCUACGGAUUGGGAAAGGUGUUGAGCUCGAGUCCCGACAAGCGGUGGCCCAGUUGCGUGUUUCUGGGGCCUGGAGUGGACGGCCAUCUGGGUCUGGUGACUCGGUUGUACACGCGCCUCGAUACGGCCGCCAGUUUCCACGUCACGCCGAGCCGACAGGAGGGUCUGGCUCCAGACGCGGGGGUCAACAGUUUCGGUUACGUUUUGAAGAUCGGCGUCGGCCAAAUGUGGGGAGGGCAGACGAGCUGUGACGAGCAGCAGAUACCGACGCGACGAAUGCGAUGUUUUGUGAUGAAUGCGCGACAGCAGACGCAUCGAGACCAGUUGGCCUUCGGAGGGAGUCGGUUGAUCGGCAGUCGACUCGUCCGACCGCCGGACGAGUCGGCCGGUCGGGCCGCGAACACGCCGAGCCUGCGGCCCGAGGUGGUCGAAACGAUUCGCCGAUUCGACGUCGUCUGCUACGUCGUCGACGUCACCCGCGUGCAGGAGGCCGACGAGUCUGGGCUUGAAGUGCGCCAGCGCGCUGGUUGGUUUGAUCGUCCAGACGACGACCUGUCAAACCACAGUUUCGACGACCGUCUCGAGUGUUCUCUGAAUGGUCGUCUAGACAACCUGGAUCACCAUUCCGACCGUCUGGACAGUCGUCAAGACCAUUCUCUGGAUGAUCGCCUGGAAGACAGUUUGCAAGACCAUGUAGACCUUUUGGAAGAUCGUCUAGGCCGUUUGGAUGACAAUUUGGAACAACAUUUAAACGACCGUCCAUGUCGCAUUAAUGACCCUUUGGAGGAUCGUCCACACGACAGUCUCGAGAAUUGUAUG